UCCCCGGUCCUAGAGCGGAGCAGGAAGUGUCCCAGGGGAGGGAGCCGGAGGGCUCCGGCCUUUCCUUUCCUCGGCGUCCGGCGGGCUCCGGCAGCGGCCAGGCCUGCGCCGCCCGCCAACAGGGACGAGCCGCGGCGGCGCCUCCAUUUGCCCCCGAGCCGAGCCGUGGUUUUCCGGAUGAUCGGGAGACGCGGUCUGGACGGGCCGGGAAAGGAGCCGGGCGCCUGCGGAGACGCCGCCUCAGCGAGUACGCCCGGCCGGGCGGGCUGGGAGGAUGAGGACGGCUGCCCUGGACUUCCGCCGCCACAGGAGGGCUUUCGGCCGGAGGCCGGGAGGGAGCUCCAGGCUGUGAGGCAUCUCCUCCGAGCCUCCGACGCGCCAGGUGCCGCCGUGACAAAGACGGACGCGGCCGUCUGGUUGGAGACGAUCCGAGCGGCAGCCCGGGUGGGCGCCGGUGCUCCGGGGGGCGGACCUGAGUAGUCCUGGGCGCUGCAGCUCUAUUUUUAAAGGUCUUAAGAACAAGAACAGUGACUUCGGCUCCAGAGCUUCAAUAUAGUGGCCUGCUUGGCCUGCCCAUCUCGGGUCUCUCCAGGAGGACCCAGCCACUUAAGAAAUGACCGCAGGAGACCAGAACACUGAAGCCAGUGAUUUCUGUUUGGAAAUAGGGUCGUCUUCUGCUGCUGACCCCCAUCAAAUCCCAUCAUGCCCACAGCCCUGUGCCCCCGAGUCUUGGCUCCGAAGGAAAGUGAGGAGCCCAGGAAAAUGAGGAGCCCACCUGGAGAGAACCCUAGCCCCCAGGGGGAGCUUCCCAGUCCUGAGUCCUCUCGGCGCCUCUUCCGCCGUUUCCGCUACCAGGAGGCGGCAGGCCCCCGGGAGGCCCUGCAACGCCUCUGGGACCUGUGCCGGGGCUGGCUGCGGCCUGAGAGGCACACCAAGGAGCAGAUUCUGGAGCUGCUGGUGCUGGAGCAGUUCCUGGCCAUCCUACCCCGGGAGAUCCAGAGCUGGGUGCGGGCGCAGGAGCCUGAGAGCGGAGAGCAGGCUGUGGCCGCGGUGGAGGCACUGGAACGGGAGCCUGGGAGACCCUGGCAGUGGCUCAAGCACUGUGAAGACCCUGUGGUGAUUGACGAUGGGGACAGCCCUCUGGACCAGGAGCAGGAGCAGCUGCCAGUAGAGCCCCACAGCGACCUUGCAAAGAGCCAGGAUGCCCAGCCCAUAGCCCUGGCACAGUGCCUGGGGCUCCCAAGCAGAGCACCAAGCCAGCUCAGCGGGGAUCCAGUUCUGCAAGAUGCUUUCCUUCUUCAGGAGGAGAAUGUCCGGGACACACAGCAGGUGACCACCCUCCAGCUGCCCCCGAAUCGGGUCUCUCCAUUCAAGGACAUGAUUUUAUGCUUCUCUGAAGAGGAUUGGUCCCUUCUAGAUCCUGCCCAGACUGGCUUCUAUGGAGAGUUCAUCAUUGGGGAGGAUUGCGGGGUCUCAAUUCCUCCAAACGAGCUAGCUGCCCAGCCGGAUCUCUCCCAGAGAGAGGAGAAUGAGCCACGCGUUCCAGAGCUGCAGGAUCUCCAGGGGAAAGAAGUGCCCCAGGUCUCCUACUUGGACUCUCCAAGUCUCCAGCCAUUCCAGGUAGAAGAAAGGAGGAAACGUGAGGAGCUGCAGAUGCCGGGGUCCCAGGCCUGCCCGCAGACAGUGGUGCCUCAAAACACCUACCCAGCUGGCGGCAACCCGCGAUCUCUAGAGAACAGCCUGGACGAAGAAGUGACCAUCGAGAUCGUUCUGUCCAGCUCUGGGGAGGAAGACUCCCAGCACGGCGCCUACUGCACAGAAGAGCCGGAGAGCCCCAAAGAGAAGCAGCGCAGCCUCCCCGCCUCCCACCGGGGCAGCGCCGAGGCCGGGGGCGAGGUGCAGACCUCCAAGAAGUCCUACGUGUGUCCGAACUGUGGGAAAAUCUUCCGCUGGAGAGUCAACUUCAUCCGACACCUGCGAAGCCGCAGGGAGCAGGAGAAGCCGCACGAGUGCUCAGUGUGCGGGGAGCUAUUCAGUGACAGCGAGGACCUGGAUGGGCACCUGGAGAGCCAUGAGGCCCAGAAGCCUUACCGGUGUGGUGUCUGCGGGAAGAGCUUCCGACUCAACUCCCACCUGCUCUCCCACCGGCGGAUACACCUGCAGCCGGACAGACUCCAGCCGGUGGAGAAGAGAGAGCAGGAGGCGUCCGAGGACGCGGACGAGGCUCCCAAAGAGCCGCUGGAAAAUGGCAAGGCCAAGCUGAGCUUCCAGUGCUGUGACUGUGGGAAGGCCUUCCAGCGGCACGACCACCUGGCUCGGCACCGCAGCCACUUUCACCUGAAGGACAAAGCCCGGCCCUUCCAGUGCCGGUACUGCGUCAAGAGCUUCACGCAGAACUAUGACCUCCUCCGCCACGAGCGCCUACACAUGAAGCGCCGUUCCAAGCAGGCUCUGAACUCCUACUGAGCCUGCCCACCUGGGGCGGCCUCUCCCUGGCCGGUGCUGCCCCCUCACACUGGUACUGAUCAGCGCCCCCACCCAGGACGCCCCUUCCCCAGGAUAGAGAGCACAGCUCCCUCCUGGCCUUGCUCUCAGGUAGUGAGCGUCGGGUGGUGCCGUGGGAGCACUCUCCCUCCCCAGGUAUUGGAAGAGUGGCCAAGUGAGUGUUCUGUGUCUGCUGUGCCAAAAACGGGGGGAUGUGCCACCACCAGGUGGGACAUGCCAGGUGUUCCGCGUCUUAGAGACCCCUGCCCCAUGCUCCCCAAGCUCGGGGAGUAAAACUGGGUUAUCCCCCGUCGGGGCGGCACCCUGGUCACCAGCCAGACCUCAGUAUACUCCCUUCCUUCCCUGUCUGAACGCUAGGAUCUGCUCCGGAAGCUCCAGGGUGCCUGCACUUCCACUGAGAAGCUGCUGGAGGGUGUUGGACUGGAGGAAGGAAGAAGGCAGGGUGGGACUGAGGGGUUCAGUGGGGAGCAGGGUCAGGCACACUGAGCCAGACAUGUCAUGUCUGAGCCCAAGAUGCGUGGCCAUCAGGUAGGCAGGAGCACCCCACAGAUCCAAGAUGAUCCGGCAGCCCUUUUGGGCUUGGAGUCUGUGGCAGGAGUCUGCAGAGCUCCUUCUUGAGGUUUGGAAACAGUCAUCAUACCUUUUGAUUUUCCUGAGGGCCAGUUACUAAGGAUCUGGAGCUCACCAAAAACAAAGCUUACAUUUUAAUUUGUGUUGCACACCCGCCCCAUAGUGUCUUUAUACCCCAGAGAUCCUUGGUAAAUGCUUGCAGGUUGGAAGCUGAGAGGUCAUCAUUUAAAAGGCACUUAAGUCCCUUCUUCCAGUCUGUCCUGUCUGGGAAUGUGGAGCUCAGCCCCCCGUGAGGGGCUCUCCUGUCCCGUGAGCCAAGCUCCAGAACAGAACCUUCCCCGACAUACACUUGACGUUACAUUAGCUUGGAGUGCUGGUGUGUCCAUUUUCUAGGUCUGUUGUAACGAAGUACCACACACUGACUGGCUGAGAACAACGGGAGUGUAUUCCCUGACAGUUCUGGGAGCUGCACAUCCAAGAUCAGGAUGUCCUCAGGGUUGGUGCCAUCGAGGGCUGUGAGGGAGAAGUGGCUUUGUGCCUUUGCUGGCAGUUGCCGUUCCUUGGUGUGUGGAAGCGUCACCCACUCUCUGCCUUCAUCUCCACAUGGCACUCUUGCUGUGGCGUGUCUGUCCCCAAGCCUCCGUUUGUUUAAGGACACCAGUCAUAUCGGAAUAGAGCCCAUCCCACCAACUCCAGUAUAAUGUCAUCUGUGUCCACAGCAGCUGUUUACCAAUAAGGUCACAUUCUGAGGUACUAGAGGUUGGGACUUCAACAUUGGAAUUUGAAAGGGACAGCAUUCAGCCCGUGACUCCGGAUAAACGUGAGGUAUGCUAUCAUUCCUCAUUCACAGAUGAGUCAAUACAAACUUGAGUGAGCUUGCUCACAGUUCCAUCAAAGGCCGUGUUCACACCCAAGUUUUGGCAUUCAGGGCAGGUGUCCUCUGCAUGGAAGAAUCUUACUCAGUAGCCUUAAGGCUGACAAAUUCCCCUCCCUCCCUGCCUUCUGAUGGGGGCUGGGCAGGCCAGCUGGAGCUGUGUCUCCUGCUGGGUUUCGGGACUGAGUGACAGUAGGUAGUGAAACCUCAAGCAAUUUAAAACGUGGUAUUGUUCCUGGAAGACUGGUUAUGUUGGCUAGGGUCGGCAAGAGAGGGCAUCAGGGCUGUAGUCUAGCAGUGACUUAAUCCGCAAGUCACACCAGACGGGUAUUUUGUAUUAUUCAUAUGUCAGAUCCUACCAACAGGCAGUGAACCAGGCAAAGCUCCUGGUGCUCCUUGUCACUCACGUAAUUUUCACAUCAAGAAAACUCUGGGCCGGGCACAGUGGCUCACCCCUGUAAUCCCAACACUUUGGGAAGCCAAGGUGGGUGGAUCGCCUAGCUCAGUGACACCAGCCUGGGCCACGUGGCAAAACCCCAUCUCUACCAAAAAUACAAAAAAUUAGCUGGGUGUGGUGGUGCACGUUUGCAGCCCCAGCUACUCUGGAGGCUGAGGUGGGAGGAUUGCUUGAGUCUGGGAGGCAGAAGUUGCAGUAAGCCAAGGUUGCGCCACUGCACAAGCUGGAUGACAGAAUGAGACCCUGUCUCAAAAAUAAUUUAAAGCCUCUGCCCCAGACUCGUUAAAAGAUUUUAUAACCACAACUACUGUUUCUGUGUAGAUGCAUCUGCGUGCCCAGGAGCAGUAAAUGCAAUAAAAUCAUUUGGUUAUACUUUGAACACAAACGGUUGAGGCUUUUGCUUUCUAAAUAGUUUGUCUCUUGUAUCAACAUAUCUGGAAAAGGGAGAAAUCCGAUUUUUAAGGCCAAGGGAGGGGAAAAUUCCAAGUAGAAGCCAGGCUCUCUGUGCAUGUUUACCCCACCUACCUGUGUGCUCCUACCUGUCCUGAGGAUUCUCUCAGUAGCUCUGAGGUCUUGAGAAGGAUGUUCACCUUCCUGCUUCAGACGGCUGACUCAGAGAAGAACAUUGUUCUACUUACCAGAGGGUUUUCUGUGUAAAGCCACAUCGUGAAGGAGAAAGCGACAAAGGGAAUGUGAGGAGACUGGAAACCAUGGGGAGGCUGUCUCUUGAGUCCCCACCACCGAUGCGGAGCCAACCAAGGCACCACAGGAAAUGGAAUUGCCUCUGGAUUUGGAAAUCCUCCUGGGUAAUGUAGCUGAAACCCAGGUUGAUGCCAUGCAGCAGGAGCAGCUGGGGGAACCUGCUCUCAGGAGAGGGCUGCCAACCCUCCGGCCCAACACCCUUCACCACCGUGGUGGAGGGGGCUGCACCCCAGUGAUCGUUGUCUCCCUCUUGACCACUGAUACCUUUGGCCUUAGCUGAGAACAGCUACCCCUCGCUCCUUCCCUCCCACCCCAGGGGCCGGGUAGCUGGCUGGGGCUGUGUCUCCCCCUUGCUCUGGAGGUUGAGACCCCAGCUGAGCAACAGCCUCCCUCUUCGUUCCUCGGAUCCCUUGGCAUCGCCACGAAACCACAGGUGCAUAAUAACUCACUGAGUCAA